UUCUAACCUAUAUUUUAGCCGUCAAAACAAAUUCUUUAAAAAUUGGUUUUAUAUAGAAAAUGGAAAGCUCGGAUUCUCCAAAGAGAAGCAAAAAAAGCAAAUUUAAAAAACCAAAAUCUGAAGAAAGCUCCCCUUCCAGCCAAAUGCUUGUUAUAGACGAUACCUUUUCGCAAAUAACGAAGGUUAAACCGUCGACCAGUAAGGCAAUGCCUGUUGCAAUUAACAGUAAUAACAACAAAAAGAGGAAAAAAAGGGACAGUGCCUCUAGCGAUGAAGAAAGAUGGUUGACGGCUAUUGAAUCUGGAAAGCUUGAAGAUGUCGAUGAUGAAUUAAAGAAAAUUAAGCCUAAAGAUCCAGCUUUAAUGACAGCUAGACAGAGGGCUAUGUAUGAUAGGGGGGAUGGAAAUUGUACUACCAAUACUCCUACCCUUAUGUCUCUACCCACAGGAUACAAGGAAAAAGUAAUGACUGCCGAAGCUAUACAAAAAGCAGCAAUAAAAUCCCAAAAGCGAAAACAGUUGGCAGAUGAGAAACGAGAAAAGGACAAAAAGAAAACAAUGGAAAGACUGCUAAAAAAACAGGAUUCUAAGGCUGCUAAACAAGCAAAAACGAGGUACACAAAAACAUCAGUACCUGUUAUAGUUUAUAAACAAAAUAAUUAUUUAACAAGCAUAAGUUUGCCUGAAGGCAUAGAUUUCCCUCUUCAAAUGCAAGUGGCUUUGGACCCCAACAAACCCAAAUUAUGUGAAAUGGGUUGUGGGAAUCUAAAAAAAUAUUCUUGCUCUCAAACGGGAGUCCCACUUUGUAGUUUAAGUUGUUACAAGAAAAACAUUGCCAACAUGAUUUUAUGAUUGAAAAUACCUUAUGCAACUGUGUAUUAUAUUAGUUUUAAGUUAUAUGUAAGAUAAUAAAACGUAUUAUUCAUUUAUAGAUUUUUAUUUUACCACAAUAAUCUUGUACAUACAAUAAAAUGGAAUACAAAUUAACAAAUACCUAAAAUAAACAUAAUUUUUUGAAUCUCUAAGAAACCUUUAAUUUUUCUGAUUCCGUUUCAUUCUUAUCCUUCUUCAUCCAGGCACAUUCGCAACUAAAUUCGCAUUUUUUGUCUGCUUCUUUGGUUUCUUCACCUUCAGUUUUCUUUUCCCAAGGAUUCCAAAAUUUUAGUAGAAUUGGUUGGAUGUAACGAUGAAAAAUGAAAAGAAUUAAGGGAAUUAUGAAACAAGGCAUACAACCUGCCAUAAUUAUAAUUAAAUUACGUUCAAAACAAUAAAUAAAUCCUUUUAAGUAAAAUUAUUAUGUGGUAGAAAUGACGUUUGAUACGUCAUUCGAUUAAAGCCGGGUUUACGUAACAAUAACAACAAGAGGAUUAUAAUUUUUAUUUUGCAACCAUGGAUGAAACGAUAACUUAUUGCAAGUUUUGUCUCGUGUUAAUCAAUUGCAUAUUUUUAUGGUUUUUGUGCUAGGUUACCUAACUUAGAUAUACUUGUUCGAGGUGAAUAAAUAACUUUCAAAAGUAGUGUUUGUGGUUAUGUUGUAAUUGAAGCUUUAAUAUUUUUUUGGGGAUGUUUGGUUUUGUAACUGUUGCAAGAUUGGAGAAUUAUUGAUAAAUAAUCGUGUUUGUUUAUAAUUCUACGAGUUUGCAUUUUAUGAGGAAUAGUAUAUUAUGAUUAAAUAAAUAAAGUUUGCAAAGUGCAAAGUGGUUUAUCCUGCUUUGAAAAAUUGCCGAAAAAAUUGAUUGCGUUGCCGCAUGUAGAGAUAAUUCUAAAAUUAGGUUAACAAAAUAUAUUUUUAACUGAGGACUAUAUGAAGCAGCUAACUAACGAUGGUGUGUGCUCGAAGAUGUGUGAUUUUUAAAUCAUGUCAUUGCAAGUAACUUUUGAAAUAGCCCAUGAGGCUUCGAUUCGAAGCAAAAAAACCCAAAAUGGAUUCACACACGACUGGGAACUAUAUGUUCGAGGUGUAGAUGGAGCAGAUAUCAGAAAUUAUGUUGACAAAGUUAUUUUUCAUUUACAUGAAACCUUUCCAAACCCAAGAAGAGUUGUAAAAAGUCCACCGUAUACAUUGAAAGAAUCUGGAUAUGCUGGUUUUACUUUACCCAUAGAUGUUUACCUAAGAAAUAAUCAGGAACCAAAGAAAAUCGAAUUAAGUUAUGAUUUAUAUUUGCAAGAAUCAGGCCCACCUGUUUCCAGAGUCCAAAAAGAAAAAUACGUUUUUUCUAAUGUUUCUGAUGAGUUCAGAAGCAGGCUAUUAAAAGGAGGAGCCACAAUAGUUAAUUCAAAUACACAAGAAGAAACCCGACAUUCUUCAUUGGAAGACAAGAACCAAAUGAUGAGUAAGCCAAAGUUUAGUGCACCAGAUGUGAAAAAACCCAAAAUGAAGGCUGAGGCAAAUUUCCUUAAUUUGUUUGGCACUCCUUUUCACAAGUCCGAUUCCAAGAUACUUUCUACUGAACCUGUCAAAUCAAAGGAUUUUAACAAGGGGUCCACUUCAAAACCCGAAAAAAGUUCUGAAAAAGUGAAAUCCAAAAGUCCUCACAAGGACAAGGACAGGGACAAACACAAAGAAAAAAAGGACGACUCGGAGAAGAAAUCGCGCGAGGAGAAAAAGAGCAAGGACAAAACCAAAGACAAGGAGAGAAGCAAAGAUAAAUCUUCGAAAUCCAAGGAGCGCGAAAAAUCGCCGCAAAGAGCAAGAAGCCCGUCGCCGAGGAGAUCCCCGAAAAGGCCCUCCACUCCGCCGCUGCCGAAAGAGAAGAAGGAGAAGGAUUCGAGCAAGGAUAAGGACAGGGAUAGGGGGGAUAAGGAGAAGCAUAGGAGCAAGGAGGAGAAGAAGGCGAAGAAGGAGAAGCGGGAGCACAAGGAGAACAAGCCGAAGGGCGAUGGCGAGAAAGAGAAGGAGCAUAAGAGCAAGGAGAACAAGGAUUUGAUCAAGGCCAAAGAGGUCCAGAAGGAGAGGGAGGUUGCUUCUUCUAAUAUGAUGCAGAUGGCAGCACAUCAAAGACCUGAAAAGAAGGAAAAACCCAAAGAAAAAGAUCAAAUCAAAGACGACGAUCGGCCGGAAAAGGUCGAGAAAAUCCGGGCUGAGCGAUCGUCGGAAAAGUCGGAGGAAAAAGUGAAGCACAAGCACAAGAAAAAGGACAAACACAAGGACAAGCAGCGCGGCGGCGAGGAAAAGUCGCACAAGUCCGAGAAAAAGUCGGAAAAGUGUCACAAGGAAAACGGGCGCGAAUCGAGCCUCGGCCAGCCCCGCGAAACCGACAGCUUGUUCGGCAGCAGCCCGAAGAGCGACUCCACGCCCGAAAUCAAGUCCGAAAGGCCCCUCAACAACACGAACACCAUCAUGGCGUCCUUGGUCGACGAUUCCUCCAGCAGUUCCAAGCACAGCAGCCGGCCGCCGUCGCCUAUGCCGCCGCCGCCGCCCACACUACCACCAGAGCCGGAAAUCAAGAAGGAGCCCGAAAUCGUGGAAGUGAAACGAAUCAAGGAAGAGUCGCCUAGAAAGAAGGAGAAGAAGGAGCGGAGGAAGGAGAAAAAGAGCGAGAAAGAUCAGGAGAAGAAGAGGAAACGAAAGUCGGACCAAAGUCAGCUGGAAGAGGCGCCUCCGGAGAAGAUUACCGUUAAGGAGGAAGACGUUUUGCUGAACAACAACUCCAACGACGAGAAUAUGGUGAGCAGCACCGAGGGGGUGCCGGACGACAAAGUUACAACAGAGGCCGAAGACUACAUGAGCAUGCUCCGCGAGCUGCAACACAAAAUCAUGGACCUGAAGGACAACAGCGAUCUGCAAAAGGUGGUGCAACUGAUCGCGGAGACCGGCCAGUUCGAGGUCUCCGCUCACACCUUCGACUUCGACCUGUGCCUUCUCGAUCGCACGACAGUGUCGCGGCUGCAAGACUUUUUCCGAACAGUCAAGCCGAUGUAACACGACAAGUGACCGAAGUGCGCGAGUGAGUAUGCGUUGACUUUUCAGCCCUGUCACUUGGAGGUUUCCAGAAUUUAUGAUUUAUGAUUAAAGACAUCUAACGGUGAAAUUAAGGUGGUACUUUUUGUUGUCAAGAUGGCCGGCAUCAGCGCGGUCAUCUUAACGGUACAAAAUUACUAAUUUAGUUCCGGCGAUAGAUCUAGUGACGUGUCUGGUGUAGCUUUUUGAAUUGUUUGUGGUACAAUUUUUCGUCGGGUUCACGGACGUUUUGUGUUUUAUUUAACGUACUUUUUUGUUGCUCCCUAAAAAAAUUAUCGAGCUGACAAUAAACAGUUCUGAAUUUAAAAAGUGACCAACGGUAUAUUUUAUUUAUAAAUUGAUUGAGUACUAAACUAAACUAGAGACCCUUCAUGAAGGGUCUCUAAACUAAACUAAUCGACAGAAUGUUCUUUAUUUGUGUUUUAUUAAUUAUUUUAUUUAUUUUAUCUUUGGACUACUAACUUUAAAAUAACAAUAAAAAACGUAAAAAUUUUAUUGUUGAUUAAUUUUCAUUAUAUUUUGUUGUUAUAAUAAUAUUGUUGUAAUAGAAUUUUAUGUGUACAUUUUAAAAAUGUAUUUGGGGAAUUUCAUACCAAAUCGACCACUUUUGACCCCGACCCCUUUUGAUUUGGCUAAAACUUUUUAUCUUUUUUACCCUAGUGUUUUAAAAAAUUUUUUUAAUUUUUUUUAAUUUAUAACCAUAUUAAAAAUUGAUUUAUGAGAACGUUUUUUAAUUCAACAUUUUUGAUUUUAUAUGUACUAUUAAGAAAUAUAUAUAAAAAAAUUAUUCAGACGAAUUUCUAACGGUUUUAUAAAUUUCUUGACGAUCGGCAAUUUUAAUAUUUUUAAUAUUUUUUUCUUAUUUUAUUAGAAACUGACAUUUUCUGCAAAUUCUGCAACAUUUUCAGUGUUUUUUUUUCGUUUUCUAUUUUUUUCAAUCAAAUUUUUUUUUAGUCAGCCUAGUCUCCUUAUACCACUUUAAGGAUUUUUGAGGAUGUAGAGAAACCUCAAAGUUUAAAAAAAAAUAAUAAAAUAAAUUGAAAGUGGUAAUCAAUACUGCCGUGCUUAAUGAAAACGCCGUAACCAACAAUUUUGCCAUUUUUGUUUAACGGCAUUUUCUACUAGAACAAUUCAUCCUGCGUCUAUCCCCGGUACUCAAAAAACCGUAUAUAUAUAGAUACGGUGUUUUGAGUACCGGGGAUAGACGCAGGAUGAAUCGUUCUAGUAGAAAAUGCCGUAAAACAAAAAUCGCAAAAUUGUUGGUUGCGGCGUUUUCAUUAAGCACAGCAGAAUAAUUUGUUUUUUUUUAUAUUUUUUUAAAUUACAUUAAAAUUUUUAUUUGGUUCAUGAUUGGACAAAAGCUAAAAAGCUUCGUUUUGAUGUAAAAACACUGGGCAUUUUUUUAAAUUGAAAACAGCACGUGCCAAGAUGAUCUAAGUUAAUUUUUUCUGAAAAUAUGGAAUAAUAAUUUAAAUUAUUAACAAUCAAAUAACUUUACCUUGGAGUGUAGAAAUCUAGAUAUUGAAAUUACGUUUUUACUAAUUUAGUUUUAAAAUAAAAAUAUCAAUUUGAAUAUCUUUCAUUUUUUUGUUUAAUAGACCAAAUCAACUGGGAAAAAUUUUGAAUUAAUAUUUCUGUGUAUUUUUAUUUCGAUUAACUAUUGUUUUUUAUUGAUUUUAUUGAUAUAAUUGUUUAUAUUUCGAAUACAAUUUAAUUUUUCAUAAAAAAUUCCCAAAAAAUUAACUUAGAUCGUCUUGAGGCACGUGUUGUUUUUAAAUAAAAUAUUUAAAAAAAAUUCCCAGUGUUUUUUCAUCAAAAAGAAGCUUUUUAGGGGGCGUCGCAAAAAAAUUUAUUUUUUAACGACCACCCUAUUGGACAAACAACAGGCUUUUAAAAAAUGUUAAGUGUUUAAUUUUUGGUGGGAGUCUUUCAUGUUUUCUUUUUCAACACUUUUUUUGUUUAAUUACUUAAAAAACAUAGUUUAUUAAAUAAUUAUAUUUAUUAUAUUUAUAGCUAUAGUAUAUAAAAUUAUUUUUUUUUCUUUGUUUUUAAAUGUAGUUUAAAAAAAAAUAUUCAGAAAUAUGUAUAUCUUAUAUUUUUUUCUCACUUUUUCUAUUUUUUGAUGAUUAACACUUUUAAUUUCAUUUAUUUAUUUUUUUCAAACUUUGAGGUUCUCUCUACAUCCUCAAAAAUCCUCAGGGAAAAAAAAAAUGACAAUUCGAGAAAUGUUCGUUGAUUUUUUGUAUAAUUGUUUUUGAAAACUACAUUUUAAAACAAAGAAAAUAAAAAAUAAUGUUACAUACAAUAUAAUAAUUACAAUUAUUUAAUAAACUAUGUUUUUAAAGUAAUUAAACAAAAAAAGCUAAAUGUUGAAAAAGAACAUGAAGCGAAAUCCAUUACGAAUUAACCCCUUAAAAUAUUUUUCUGAAAAGUACAUUUAAAAACAAACAUUAAUUUAAUUAAAAAAAAAACGUCCAGAUAAGCCAUUUUUUUGAAAAAUUCAUAACUUAUUUUCGGUAUGGUAAAAAAUUCUUAAAAGCGUUUUUGAUACCCUAGAGUAGAAAAAGAUAAAAAAAGUUUUAGACAAAUUAAAAGGGGUCGGGGUCAAAAGCGGUCGAUUAGGUAUGGAAUUUAUUGUAAACAAUAUUUAAACAGUAAAGUUUAAAUACGAUAUAAACUAAAGAUAUAGAAAAUUUUUGCAAUUACUAUAAAUGCGAGUAUUUUUAACUAUUUUUAAGUGAUUAAGGGCAUUCAUCAUAUUUUCAAAAUUUAUGUAUUUUGUUGUAAAAAGCAUAUUUUAUAAUUGGACUGACAAGUACUGUUCCUUAUUAGAUAUUUUGUUUAAAUCUAGUCACUUUAAAUGGGAAUAAAUUAAGUUUUACGAAUAAUAAUGGUAUUUUCUUAAGGUUUUUCUGAUACAUUUCCUUGGUUAUGUUCGUAUGCACAAAAUAUAGUUACCAUUUGAUGGGCCAAAACAUUUUCGUUAAAUUUAUAUUAAACGGCAGGUUUAUAAAAAUUAAUUAAAUUUUAUUCACGAAAAACAAAUUAAAAAAAUCUAUUUUUUUUAUUAAACACAAUUAAUAAAGAUUUGAUUAAAAAAAAUAAUAAGUUUAAUAAAUAUGUAUGAUAAAAUUAAAAAAAAAUUGUUUUAAAAAUGUAUUCAAAAACUGACCAUUCGAGAAUGUGCCAAUGGUAAAAUUUGAUCAAUGGGUCAUGUUCUACAAUACAGGUUGCACCAAACAUCAUUCUAUGUAUUUUUGAGCUAUAAAGUCGGUUAAAUUAGACCAAAGUUGCGUAAUUAGUCUUUUAAAAUAGCAUUUAAAAUUGGAAAAAAAUCAGAGGUUCUCAAAUAAUUAAAAUAAAACUAAAAACCUGUCCAAACCAAAAAUAGUUAUUCCUGGGAAUUUAAAAAAAAGUAAGUUUCCCAUGUAAACAUACACCAUCUUUUGUUUUUGUAUCUACAUAAAUUAUGACGGCCAUUAUAAAAACAAAAGAUGGUGAUGGUAACCCAAAAUAUAGUUGCAAAGAAAUUGGAUGAAAAUUCAGAUUAAAAUUUACAAAAUUCCCAGUAAUAUCAAAGUUACAACGAUUUUAGUUUUUGGUUAUAGUUUUUUUUUAAUAUUUUGAGAACCGCUUACGCUACAAUUUAUGAAUUGUAUGUCAAUAGGCUUGUAAUUACGCUACUUUUCUAUAAUAAAAAAAUACCCAUAGAAGUAUACUGGGUGCACCCUGUAUACGUGAAAUUUAGCCAAAUUCACCGAAACAUAUUUUCCAUUGGAUUAGUGCGGGUCCUUUUAAAAAAUUUAAAAAUUUUGCACAGCCACUCAUUUCUUACGCCACGAACAUACAGGCUCUCAUAUCACUUAUAUUGAUUUUUACAAUCGAAUUUUCGUUACAGGUGCUAAAAUAUUACCCCUAACGCACACAAAGAAGCAAAAAUAUUAAUCUAAAAUUUUAAACUAGCUUUAACAUAACAUGUAUUUUUGGUUAAAGCCUUAAAGGUAUCUAAAUUUAUAAACCACAUAAAAUUAAUAAAAUUUGUUGUUUAAAUUUUCAGUAAUUGCCAUUUUACUAUACCUAUUUAUUUUAAAUUAUUUGAAUUGAGUUUUUUGUCACUUUUUAAGUAAAAUAAUAUAAUAAAAAAAAUUAUAUAUUAAAAUUAUAUAUAUAAUAUAUAAUAAAAAGUUGGUUCAACAGUUUAACUAUGUUUUGUGCAUAUGGUCAUAAGUCAAAGAACCCCUUGUGUUUAGUAAUUGUGUAAUUUACAUACAGCCGAGCAUUGGCGCAUGUUUUUCUAAACACCCUGUAUAUGUAUAUCUUACGCUCAAUACUUGAAUUCUGGCAUGCUCAUGUAUUAAGCAAAAAAUAUUUUCCAAACCUGAACUUUCCUUUUAUAACUUAUACAGGGUGUUUCCUAUCUACGGUACGAAAUUUCAGAGGAUGAUUCGUUAGGUCAUUUUAAGAAAAGAAGUUCCUAUAAACAUAUGUCCGGAGUCGCUUUGUUUCUGAGAUACAGGGUGUUAGAGUUUUUUUUUAAAUAGGUUUUUAUGAAAUAUCAUAUAGGUCCUUAAACCGAUUUGGUUCAAAUUUGGUACAGUUAUUUGAAUUAAUAAGACGCUUAUUCAGCACUAACUAGAUUUUAAUUAUUAAGUCCAGUGGCGUCUCACAGUGGCGUGCAUACAAUACAAGCAAAAAAGCAUUGCCUACCUUGGAAUAAUUAAAAUUUACUUAUUUUUUUAAUUUAAUGUAGGUAAACCUACAUAAUAAAUAAUAUUUAAUAACAUAUUUAUUAACCAAUUAAUAGGUGCCUUUACUUUUGCCAUCUAUUGUAUCAAUGUGAUACUAUCAAGGUAAAACGCAGAUUCGUUUUACGUAUAAGCAUCGCAUAGAAUAGAUUGGACCUAUAUGAUAUUUCAUAAAAACCUAUUUUUUAAAAAAACUCCAACACCCUGUAUCUCAGAAACAAAGCGACUCCGGACAUAUGUUUAUAGGAACUUCUUUUCUUAAAAUUACCUAAUGAAUCAUCCUCUGAAAUUUCGUACCGUAGUUAGGAAACACCCUGUAUAGUGAGAAUUACAAAAUACAAUAUAUUCUUUGUUAUUUAAUAUGUACAUAUCUGGUUUUAUACAAUAUUCCCUCUAAUGUUAUAUACUAAUGUCUACAGAUGGGGUUACAAAGAGGAAAACAAAAUUAUUUUACAUUUCUCAGAAAAUUUCAUUCUUGAUAAAAGUUUUUGCUUGAUUUCAAACCAGAAUAUGAGACAAAUUAUUUUUAUUGUCAAUUUUGAUUUUUCUAAAAAUUUUGGACUGACAUUUUUUUGUUAAUGGUAUAUUCUGUAACAAGUUUGGAUUACAGCAUAUUCCGCUCGAGUGAAGAGUUUGUCACACGAGCCGAAGGCGAGUUUGACGGUUUCACGAGAGCGGAAUAUGCAAUUCCAAACGUGUUUCAGACUAUACUUUUUCUACGUUUCCAAAAAAUACCAUAGAAAAAUAAUUUAAUUGGAAGAAUGUGAGGUUGGAUCGGUCUAAAAUUUGUUAGAUAUUAAAAACAGAGAUGUCGCCACAAGUGUUUAUUCUGUCAUCCGAUGAUAGAAUAUUUCAUUCUGUAACACUUUACAGAAUAUAUGUCAUUCCAUAGAUAAAAGUGAUAUUAGAACGGUCAAAUUCCGUAAUAACAGUAGAAAAAAUUAUUUUAACUCAAUUUUCGUUAAUUGUUAUUUUAUUUCCAAUAAAUAAAUGUUAUCACGGUAGGUAAAAAUCUGUAGAAUUCUCAAGGAUGUCAUUAAUUUUUACUUAUAAAAAAGUAUAAAAAUGCAGAAAACGGCGAUGAAAUUUUUUUGGGAGAAAUGACAAAUAAACGAAACUGACCAAAAAAUGAUUUUUAUCAAAAAGAGAAAGAUAUGUAAAAUAUUUUUUUAUCCGUUGAUAUACUGUAUAUUGGUUUGUAUCAAUGCCUGAGCACAAUUCUGCGCGCGCGUAACCAUGCUUAGGCAUACUAGUUUUGAGCAAUGCCCAAAUUCAGGUAUUGAGUAUAUUCGAUAUACCUAUGUUUUUUUAAUAUACUAUUAAAUUAUAAAAAAGUUAGGAAAUUAUUUAAAUUGUUUUCAUUUCUUAUAUUAUAAUGGGUGACUAUUUUUUUCAUUCAUUUAGUGUACAAUAACUUUUUUCGCACUAAAUUUUAGUCUCUUGAGUUUUUUUGCUUUGAUUAAAGAAAAAUAUGUAAAAUUUUACUCAAUGAAUAUUACAUUAAACGAUUCUAUUUUGUUUAAUUAAGUACUUAUUAUAACUCGUAGAAGACGAGUUUUCUAUUACAUUAAAUUAAUUAGGUAAAAAUAAAGAUUUUCUAAAAAUCUUGUCUGUUGCUUAGUUGAAUUAAAUAAACUCUGGUGUAAAAUUUUCCUUAUUUUUUUUUAAACAAGCCUAGAUAUCGAAAAUAUAGUCGCUUGGUAUAAUAUUAAAAACAAAAAUACUUUAAAUAAUGUAUUUCCUUAAAUGCAUACCAAAUUUGGAUAAUGUACCUUUUAUAUUUCAAAGAUAUUAAAAGAAAAAUAAAAAGAAUAUAUUAAAACACCCUGUAUCUCAAAAUUAAAAAAUAUUUUGACUUGGGUUCCUGUAUAUUUUUAUCAAUAUUAUAGAAUUCUUAGCUUGUAGAAAUUUUACAGAAUUUCUUACUUGUUACUCAGAAUCUACGUAAAAAAUAUUGAUAAUUUUAAAAUUCUUUAUUUUAAAACUUUUACGCCAUCUAGCGCUUAAACGAAGCAACUGAUAUUUUUUUUAUAUGUAGACUGGGCAAUAUUUUUUUCUUUAUAUAAUUUCAAUAAUUUGGUGGGUAAAUUACUUUAAAUGUUUUUCCUAACAACUAUACUUUUUUGUCCUACGUUUUGAUUUAUAAAACGGUCUUAGCGGCGUGUAUAUCACAAGGCUUAUUUUUAUAAAUUUUUUAGAAAAAAUUGCAAUUUAAAAGCAUGGAUUAAAAUUUAAAAAAAUGUUUUUGUUGAUUUUAAGACUUGAAAUUAUUUUUCAUUGAAAACAUUUUAUAAUGUGCUUGCUCUGUGUAUUAUGUACCUGGUUACAUUCUUCACCUCUCCUAAACCUUAUAUUAACCAGAAAAUAUUAUAUUACUAAAUAUAAUAAUAAUAACUAUUUAUUGCCGAGCAGGAUUUACCAAGAUCCAUAAAUUAUUUAUUUAUUUGGCUUAGUAUAGACUUAAAUAAUUCAAAAAAUAUUCCGAAUAUUUUCUUUGAUAUACUAAAUGUUCGUUUUGAUUAUGUUGACUGUUAAAUUAUUCUUACGAUCCUGGAUGUAUUUUUAUCUAGGACUAUAAUUUACUUUCUUUACUUAUCGUUAGUACUUUUAAAGAUGGCACCGCAUAUACAGUAGUAUCUUGCAAAUAUAAACUUGCAAACUUAUAACUUUUAUUUCUUAUAGAUUUUUUGUUUUUAUAUAAGUUAAUUAUUUUGUUGUUAUAUUUGCAUGACUAGUUUUUAUUGUCUCUUAAUUAAGGUUAUAAAGAUUGCUUUUUACAGUUGUAAAUAAUAUUUGAUCAUAAAAAUAAUUUAAUAUGUAAAUAAAAGGCAUUUUAUUAAAAAUUA